UAGUUGUUUUAUUUUUUUUUUGUAAAAAUGUUAAAAUUCAGGGUAGUAAAUUAUUAUUAAGUGUUUAGUAAUUAGUGUCAAGUUUAUCAAACUAAGGAAGUUUAAUGGUUUCGAUGGCGAGAGAGGAAGUGAUUGGCUACAUCUAUGUGAUCCUCAUUCUUUUGGUGUUCGGUGUAGUUACUGGCGAUGAGUACACUCCAAGUCCUAAUAUCGGGUACCCAGCGGGAUUGGUACCGAACUGUCCAGGAGUUCUAAAGAAUGCAACUAUCAGUCCAAAGAAAUUACAAAUGUUAAGGAUACUGGUGCAUAAAGUGAUUAACGGCAAAGUUCAUAGAUCGGACUAUCCAAUUACUGGAGCAGCGAAGUCACUUGCUAAAGAUAAAUUAGUAGAUUUCAAAAACAAAAAGACUGUAUUCUACAUCGGUGGUUUCGUCGACAGUGCUUACUUUCCGUUCAGCCAAGCGAUGGGGACGGUCUACUCGAGACGUGGCUACAAUGUGCUGCUCUCAGAAACAUUCCAAUUUCUCACCUACAUAUAUCCCAAAUCAGUAAGACUGUCAAAAGUGAUAGGUGAUAAGAUUGGAGAAUUACUGGUUAAUCUAGAAAAUCUAGGUUUAAAAGCUGAUAAUCUAGAAAUAGUCGGUAUGAGUAUUGGAGCUCAUAUAGCGGGAUAUGCUGCUAAAUAUUAUUUUAACGCAACUGGUAGAAAACCAUCUAGAUUAACAGGUUUAGAUCCAGCUGGUCCUUGUUUUAGAGGAUUACCUCCAGAUUUGAGGUUAAGAAAGACGGAUGCUGAAAGAGUUGAUAUACUACAUACUAAUAUUGAUGGUUUUGGUAUUGCAGAGAAUCUAGGACAUGUAGAUUAUUAUGUUAAUGGUGGGGAAUAUCAACCGAGUGAUAUAGUAGCGAUACCCUGUCUUGUUAUUUGCAGUCAUGUCAGAUCAGCGAUAUAUUGGUGGCUUGCUGUACAAAAUCCUAAGAAAUUUAUAGCUAUAAAAUGCGAUUCAAUACAAGAUGCAAGAUUCGCUAAAUGCUAUAAUGGUACCGAGAUAAAUUAUGUAGGUUUGGAGACUAAAUUUGAUAGACCAGGAUUGUAUUAUUUACCAACUUAUAAUGAGUUUCCUUAUUAUAGAGCUAAGGAAGGUUUGAAUGAGCAAAAUGAAAUUUAUAAAUAUCAUGCUGCGAGAGUUAAUGCUGAAGAUAUGUUUGUAGUUUAGUAAAAAAAUGGAGAUCAAACUUGAAGUAAUAGUUAAUUAUUGAUUAGAAACUUUAUAAUGAAGAAUAUCUUGAAGUUGAGUUUAACAGUGGUAGAGCCCGCUUUAACAUCUUCGCACGAAUAGACCGGCUCGCCCCCAAUACCACGACAACACAAAAAACAGACGUGAAGUGGAAGCAAUUCCGCGUACUGAUGAGUGUGGUACCGGAGGCCUAAUUUUAA